AGCUGAACCCGCUCGGCUGUGACGUGUAGGACCUUCCUCUCCGACACAGCAGCAGCAAUGGCGGACUAUGAUGAUAGGGCCUAUGGCAGCUUCGGCGGCGGCAGAGGGCCGCGCGGUGGCGGCGGGCCCGGAGGCCCCCGGAAGCAGAAGGAGCUGCCCACAGAGCCCCCGUUCACAGCGUACGUGGGAAACCUGCCUUUCAACACGGUGCAGGGCGACAUCGACGCCAUCUUCAAAGAGCUCAACAUCCGCAGCGUGCGAUUGGUCAGAGACAAAGAGACAGACAAGUUCAAAGGUUUUUGUUAUGUUGAGUUUGAUGAUUUGGAAUCGUUAAAAGAAGCUUUGACGUAUGACGGCGCGUUGCUAGGCGACAGGUCACUGAGGGUGGACAUCGCAGAAGGACGAAGGCAAGAACGAGGAGGGACUGGCUUCGGCUUCAGGAAAGACGACGGUAGAGGACGAGGAGGUUCUCGAGGAGGCUCCCGAGGAGGAGGCGGAGGACGGGACUCGCGAGAUGACUUCUACGACCAGCAAGGAGGAGGUUUCAGAGACGACGACUACAUGGGGGGGCGGAGUCGAGGCAGCAGCAGUCGUCCCGGCGAACGGCCGCGGGGAGUCGGAGGAGGGAUGGGUCGCUUCAGAGACGGGCCGCCGCGGGGCGGAACGACAGACUUCAGGGAACCGUCUGAAGAGGAGCGUGCACAACGGCCCCGCCUCCAGCUGAAACCCCGGACCGUCUCCGAACCGCUCAACCAGGUCGCCAACCCGAACUCCGCCAUCUUCGGCGGAGCCAAGCCGCGAGAAGAGGUGAUCUCAAAGGAGAAACCCUAAGAGACUGACGGGUUGGGAGGGGGGAGAGAGAGGGUUAGGGAAGAGGGGGGUGCAGGGGGCGGAGUCAAAGGAUGACUGAACUCUGGGUUACAAACACAGAAUGAUUGAAGCGGCACAGUUAGCAUUCCUUCAGACAGACGGCUGGACGGACGGCGAGGAGAAGCUCCUCCUCUUCCUCCUCUUCCUCUUCCUGUUGGAGCAGAAUAUUUAUUCUUAGUGGGAAUAAAUGGGAAACACUGACACUCUGUUCAGUAACACACACACAGCGAGCAGCUCGCCAAUGCAUGUCCAAUCUGGGUUUCACCUCCGCUUACUGUGAUGUCACACCUGCAUCCUCCCGUAGCCCCGCCCCCAGCAGGUCAAACCUGCACCACGCCCCGCCCCUUAGACCUCAUUGGUCAAGGCAUAGACAAUUAUCUCUUUGCCUCGCCCCUUUUUAUGUUUCCAUGGUGACUGAUCUUCAAUUUUUAUUUAUCUGCUUUUAUUCCUGAAGGGGCGGGGCUUACGCUACAGGCCCCGCCCCUUCAGGUUGAUCCCUGGUUUCACCUGCUCAGGUGGAGAGAAACGUUGCCUUCACUGUCCGCAGGAUUUCCUGAAACGCCGACUCACAGGUUACAUGGUGACCGCUGAGGGGUGUGGCUUGCUAAGCGGCCCGCUCUCAUUGGUUGUGUCAGGCGGUGAUGUCAUCCACUCAGAGGAAGAGCUCUUCUCUGAUUGGUCCGUUGAUCCACACUGAAAACAGGAACCUUCCGGAUUUUCUGUCUUCGUUAAAAUAUAACUGGGAAGUUUAUUCCCUCCAAUCAGCCAGGAACGGUUUUCCAAUCAGUUUCAUUUUAGACAGAUUUCCUGGAAACUUUCCAGUUUAUUUUCUCCCCACAGGGUGGCGCUCAUGAAGGUUAGGUUUUUACAAACAGCUUUAAUUAGUGGUUCUGGUUCUGAGUCGGUUCUGGUUUGUUUUUUGAAGUCCUGAGCUGCUGAAGCACCAACUCUGGACCAGAAGAACCGGCUCCUUCAUUUCUAUGCUGACUUCUUUGACAGCAUUUUAAAUAGAGAAACAAGGAGUACUUUUCUGACAAAACACUCAGAAAUUUUAAAAAUAAUUUCAGAAAUCUGGGGAAAAAA